UUCAGCUCUGAAGAUCUGCAGUUUAGUGAACGAAUUCAAUGUCACUGUCAAACAGAGUCAUGUUCGUCUCGUCGGUGUUUAAAUUUUCGACCGUUUUGCGGGUAAACAGCCCUCUGAAAGGCAAAGCUCUAUCUUCUAUUUAUGUCUCUUCAAGAAAUUAUGCUAGUGGAGGUGACACAGAUCUCGUGGUCAUUGGCUCUGGCCCUGGAGGAUAUGUAGCUGCUAUAAAAGCUUCUCAGUUAGGACUAAAGACAGUGUGUGUUGAGAAAAAUGAAACUUUAGGAGGAACUUGCCUAAAUGUGGGAUGUAUUCCAUCCAAGUCACUUUUGAAUAAUUCUCAUCUAUAUCAUAUGGCUCACCACAAUGACCUGACUAAUCGUGGAAUUGAAUUCACUGGACUUAAGCUGAACCUGGAUAAAAUGAUGGAACAGAAAAGGAAUGCAGUAAAAGCUUUAACAGGAGGAAUUGCUCAUUUGUUUAAAAAGAACUCAGUGACUCACUUACAAGGUUAUGGCAGAAUUACUGGUCCCAACGAAGUUACUGUAACUAAAAGUGAUGGCAGCCAAGAGAAGGUUUCAACUAAAAACAUUUUAGUGGCUGUUGGGUCAGAGGUCACUCCUUUCCCUGGAAUAGAGGUUGAUGAGAAAAAAAUUGUUACAUCUACUGGUGCUUUAUCAUUGGACAAAGUUCCAGAAAAUCUCAUCCUUAUUGGAGCUGGUGUUAUUGGUGUGGAGUUGGGCUCUGUUUGGCAGAGAUUAGGGGCCAAUGUAACUUGUGUGGAGUUUCUAGGACAUGUUGGUGGCAUGGGCAUUGACAUGGAAGUGUCCAGGAACUUCCAGAGAUCUCUUGCCAAACAAGGCAUCAAAUUUAAGCUCAGUACUAAAGUUAUCUCAGCUGCUAAGUCUGGGGACAAAGUGACAGUCAGUGUGGAGGGUGUUAAAGAUGGGAAGAAGGAAGAGCUACAAUGUGACACACUCCUUGUAUGUAUUGGUCGGCGACCAUUUACAAAAGAUGUUGGCUUUGAAUCAGUUGGCAUCCAGUUAGACAAACAAGGAAGGAUUCCAGUGAAUUCACGCUUUCAAACAUCAGUGCCUAGUAUUUAUGCCAUUGGUGACUGUGUCCAAGGGCCUAUGUUGGCACACAAAGCUGAAGACGAAGGCAUUGUUUGUGUGGAGGGCAUCUGUGGUGGUGCUGUACAUAUUGACUACAACUGUGUCCCAUCUGUCAUCUACACCCACCCAGAGGUUGCUUGGGUUGGCAAAAAUGAGGAGCAGCUUAAAGAAGAGGGAGUGGAGUACAAGGUUGGAAGCUUCCCACUGGCAGCAAACAGCAGAGCCAAAUGUAAUAACGACACUGAUGGUUUUAUUAAAGUACUCUCUGACAAGAAAACAGACCGUCUGCUUGGGGCCCACAUAGUGGCAUCGUGUGCUGGUGAACUAAUCAAUGAAGCUGCUCUAGCAUUAGAGUAUGGAGCAUCAUGUGAAGAUAUUGCAAGAGUCUGCCAUGCACAUCCUACUGUGUCAGAAGCUUUCAGGGAAGCCAACUUGGCUGCAUACUUUGGAAAACCUAUCAAUUUUUAGUAAUGCUCAUCUCUAGUUCUGUAAGAAAUCUAUUCAUCAGAUGACUGUAUUUGAUUUUAUCACUCUUCAGUAUUUUUAUGAAAAGCGAUUUAAAAAUCAAAAAGCAAUAUUGUUAAAUUAAAAAAAUAAAUAAACUAUCUCUAUUUUUGUCCAGAUAACUUAAGUCAAAUGAAACUAACCGGCAUAGUUAGCAAAAAAUAAACUGGGAGAUUCCAAAGUCUCUCUGUCUUUGAUCUGAUUAUUGAUUUACCCUAACAUUGUAUAGCAGCAGUGUGAAAUUAACUUUAUUUCAUAGCAGAAUGUGUGCAGCUGUGAGCAUCAAGAAUUGCUACACAUGCUGUUUAUUGAUAUUUUGUAACGAUGCCAUGAUAGACCAGACAAUUUUACUGAAUUUAGUUACUGCAUUUCUUUUUCAAUCCUCGUGUCAGAAAAGUCUUGCUUAUUUGGGUCUGUUUUAAAGUAAGUUGCUAGUUCAAUGUUUGUAUGUAUAAUAAACAGUUUGUGUCUAUUCAUGAGAGAAUGACAGGAUGUGUACAUCAAUAAAAAGUUGUACUCAAAUUG